ACGUGGCCGAGGAGGCUUCUGGGAGCUGAAGUCCAAAGUGUCUUGAAGAAGGACACAAUUUUGGCGCCAUUUUGGUGUGAGGAUUAAUCGGCAGAAGAGGCCUAUAAAGGAAGCUGCUGUUGCCGCCAGCGCUGGGCUCCCUCUCUCUCAGCCUCCGCUGCUGGGCCACAAAGCUUGGAAAUGGCGCCCAAACGGGGCACUUUCCUUAAGGCGACGCCGGGGCCUAGAGGCGCCCCUCAGCCUGGCCUCGAGUAACGGGACCCUCCUUCUCCGCCGGAAGGGGCCUGGUUGCUCUCUGGCUCCUCCUUCUCCCUGGCAAUGGCUCCCCUUCCCCCCCAAACGGGGCUGCAAAUGGCCGCCUUCCCCCUCCAAACGGGGGCCUCCGCUGGGCCUGGCCCUGAGGGCCCUUCAGGGGAGGCCCCCCUCUGAGGCACACUCUCCUUCCUUCCUUCCUUCCUUCCUUCCUUCCUUCCUUCCUUCCUUCCGCCAUGAACAGGGUGCAGCUGAAGCGCUCCGCCAUCCUGAAGAUGGCCCUCAGCGGCGGCGGCGGUGGCGGGUCCUCGGAGGCCCUUCUUCCUCCGGAGGGCGAGGCGGAGGAGGCGGAGGCGCGGCUGCUGCCGUUCGUGGCGCGGGCGCUGCGGAUCGCGACGGUGGUCAGCCUGUACUGGUGCACCUCCAUCGCCAUGGUCUUCCUGAACAAGUACCUGCUGGGCAGCCCCUCUCUCCGCCUGGACGCCCCGCUCUUCGUCACCUUCUUCCAGUGCCUGGUGACGGCGCUGCUCUGCAAGGGCCUCAGCCUGCUGGGCGCCUGCUCCCCGCGGGGCGCCUGCCCGGAGCUGCUGCCGCCGCUGCGCCUGGACCUGAAGGCCUCCCGCGGCGUCCUCCCGCUCUCCCUGGUCUUCACCGGCAUGAUCACCUUCAACAACCUCUGCCUCAAGCACGUCGGCGUCGCCUUCUACAACGUGGGCCGCUCCCUCACCACCGUCUUCAACGUCCUGCUCUCCUACCUCCUCCUCAAGCACACCACCUCCCCCCCACCCCUCCUCCCCUCCGCACCCAUCACGGGUGGCUUUUGGCUUGGUAUAGAUCAAGAAGGAGCAGAAGGGACUCUGUCUUGGCCUGGCAUAAUUUUUGGAAUCCUGGCCAGUAUCUGUGUCUCACUCAAUGCUAUCUACACUAAAAAGGUACUGCCUGCUGUGGAUGGUAGCAUUUGGCGCCUGACAUUCUACAACAACGUCAAUGCCUGUGUCUUGUUCCUGCCACUCAUAUUGCUCUCUAAUGACUAUUACACAAUCUACAACUUUGAUAAAUUAGGGAGCUUUAACUUUUGGGGCAUGAUGACCCUUAGUGGUGUCUUUGGUUUUGCCAUUGGCUAUGUGACAGGGCUCCAGAUCAAAUUUACCAGCCCUCUCACACACAAUGUAUCUGGGACAGCAAAAGCAUGUGCCCAGACAGUGCUGGCUGUUUGUUAUUAUGAAGAAACAAAGAGCUUCUUAUGGUGGACUAGUAAUAUGAUGGUUCUAGGUGGCUCCUUUGCAUACACAUGGGUGAAAGGGAUGGAAAUGAAGAAGGUGCAGGCAGAAUCUCUUCCCAAAGCAAAUGAAAAAAGUGAUGCUGGUGUCUAAAUGAUCCUGUCUGCAUACUUGUAGUCCACUAUGUGUGAGUACUUCCUCCAAGCAUUUCUGGCAUGGAACUUAACUGAGAAGCAAGCCAGGGCUUUGAGUCUUCAGGACAGGGAAAUCUUGCGACUACAAAUAUGUUGCAAAAGCUGGAAAACAAGCCAAAGUCUUCCACAUGUAUUCAUUGUUUGUUGCCAUAAGUAUGGCAAAGGAUGGAAUGUUAACAAGCCAUUUCCUAUGAAGAGGUUGGCAUGUGUUGGUGGUGGGAUAGGUGAGCGUGUAGAGAAGGCCCUGUUUGUCAGUCAGUCUUCUCCUGAAAAUGGCUGCUCCCUGUGUGCUCCUAAAUUCCCCCUGCCCUUGAUGAAGGAUGCUGUUUAAAAGAAGUAACAAUGAAUAGGAGGAAUUAAACAAGACAAAAUAAAUGUGUCUUGGCUCUAUUUUGCCCCAGUGUAGAGUACUCUGUAGAUACACAUCUUAUCUUUGUUUUCUCUCAAAAUACAUUUAGCAGUCCAUUGUCUUUAUUGAAUGGAAGGCUCAUGUGAAGAAGAAAUCUUUGGAGAUCCAAAUACGGUGAUUAUAUCUCUUGCCCCUGCAGGGCAAACCUGCACCAAAACCAAUGCAAUUGCAACUUACAAUAGGAGUUGCCUGUGGAUCUGCUCCCAUGUGGGUGGCAGAUGCAUACUACAUUUUAUUGCUGUUGCUGGUUAUAUUCUAAAUUGAUCAGGAGCUCUGCUGGUACCAAACUAGGAUCUAAGCCCAGCAUAGCUCCUGUUUAGUUCAGAGUAGCUGGAGCAGGAGGAGCAGUAAAAUGAAUAAUUGAUUUGAGAUGUUUUGCAAUGAUGAGUUGAAAUAAUCUGAUGAUUCUGCAGUGUAUUCAUUUGCUUUAGAGAGGGCUAUGGACCAUUUUUCCAAUACCACUUGUGGCACAUAUUCAAGGUGCAUAUCAUCCCUCUAGAUUUGCCUCACUGGAAAGGGAAUUCAUUGAAAAUGGUACAGAUUCACUGUUUAAAAUUUACUGGGAUAAUUCCAGCACUUUAUAUAAUCUACAGUCCAUUCCGGAAUAAUGAAUGAAGAAGACAGAUCUUGACCUACCUGUCAUGAACUCUGAAGAAGCUAAAAUGGUAGCAUUCUCCUGCUCUUCGGAGCAGAGGGAAUUAUAUAUAUAUUACACACUCUCCUUUAUUGAGUGAGACCCCAUGGGCUCCAGGAGCUCAAAUUCACUGGAAUGUUUAACUCCACUUGCCUUGUUGCCUUUUAACUGUAGCUUCAUCAUUAUCCUUUAUAUAUGAUUUUGUACUGGGAAAUUAAUCUUUUACUGUUGAUUUGUGAUUGUUAAUAAAAG